AUGGUUUCCUGUGCAAUUUCUUCAUGGACCUUAACGGGUCUUGUAAGAUCUUUUCUUGAUCUUACUCUGGCUUAUUUUCUUCUGUGCGGAUCAACCUUGGGUUAUUUUGCUUGGAAAUUCUGUGAUGUUUUUGGUAUUCAAUUACCCUGUCUUUGUUCUGGGUUUUUUGGGUACCAACAUAGCAACCUCUGCUGGCAUAACCUGCUUAUUCAAUGGCCAAGAAGAAAGAUAUGCUCUGUUCAAAAUCUGGCUUUGAAUAGAUUACCUUUCCACUUGGUUUCGUUCAACGAUCGAGAGUUGAAUUCAAAUGAUGUAAAAUUUUCCAUUGGAGUCAUUGAAUUGGAAGGGAAAGUAUGUUCUACUUCACUUUCAGGUGUAAGAUUGCAAACUGUGGUGGACAACGAUAAUGGAUAUGAUACCAAAGGAAAACUAGCCAUGAAUCAGAAGCAGAAAUCGGGAGCUCGGAGGCGGCAGAGGACUGCUUUCGGUAAUGGAAAACUUUCUCCGGUAUUGUUGUCUGAUAGUUUCCCACCAUCAACUGUUGCAGGUGUUUCAUGUUCUUCGUAUAUUAGCGGUGGUGAAACAAGAAGUGAAAUUAAGGAUAAUUUCGGUUCAGUUGCUGAAAUUGAUGAGAGCUUACCUGAUGAUAAAAAUACUCAAACUGGCACGGAUCUAGGUGAGACAAGCUGGCAUGGUUUUGGAUUGAGCAGUGGAGAGGAAAAGGGAUCAAAUCUGACGAAAAAAUCAACUUGUAUCAACAAUAAUGAGAAAUCAGGGUUUAUUGGAGGUGAAGCAGAUCGGAUCAGAAUGUUGGAACAAGCUCUUGAAAAAAAGAAAGCUAAACUUGCUGCUAUAUACCUGGAGUUGGAGAAAGAAAGGGCUGCUUCCGCUUCGGCUUCUGAUGAGACCAUUUCGAUGAUUUUGCGGCUAGAAGAGGACAAGGCUUCUAUACAAAUGGAAGCAAGGCAAUAUAAUGAGGAACAACAACCUUCGGUUCGACUUGGUCGAGGAGAAGAUCCACUGGUGAUGGUGAAACAGGCGGGGAAUACGGGAUUGUGUGACGAGAAGGAAGUGGGAACAGUGGAUUAUGAUGACAUAGCCUCCCAAGAAAUUGCAACCAAAACGGUCCAAGGCAUCGAGAAAACUUCUUUAACUGCAGAAGAGGAGCUCAAGAAGAAUGCGGAUUUUAGCAAGUCACUAGACUGUAAUGUACAACAUCCCACGUCUGAUGUGGAACCAGCUAUCUAUGAUGUCCAUGUUGUUGAUGAUAAAUUAGACAUUCCGGAGAGCUCAAAAGAAAGUAAAACGCCACCCGAUUCUGCUUUAGAUCACAAAACCUCGCUAUAUAAAUUUCGCAGGACUUUCUCUGGGGUCAGUAAUGAAAUGUUGGCCUACAUCUUCCAAGGUCGGCUCCAACAGGAGAUGCUGCCGGAGCAUAUCGGACAAAUCGAAGAUGGUGCCUAA